GAAGUUCCGAAGGUGACGAAGGUUGUCUCGAAUGUACGCUAGUAUUGUUGACUGCCACAGUGAUUUCCAUGGAUUGUUCUGAAGCUUGCAGAGUGGAUUUUCAAUGUAUUCAAGAAGGUGCGGUCGAAUUUGACUCUAUGGUCUCUAUUUCGUCCAUUCUUCAAGUAAUCCAAUUUUCACGUAAACAUUCAGGUACGUAUCUCAUCAGUUCGGCAAUGUCCGUGAUGCAGCGAACCGCAAUUGCGGGGAUUGAAUUCACCUGUACGAAGGGAUCUUUGACUCGCGCCGGCCGUCGGAUCCCGCAUAUCCCGCGAUCACACGAGCAUUCGUCGCACAUCCACAAUGGCCGUCUGUUUAUGACAAUUCGGGGGGUCGUGAAGUGUUACCAGCGGGCAGCUGCAGCAGCAGCAUCGUGCUGAGGACGCGCAGCCGCGUCUGUCCUGGCCUUCUUCUGGCAGGUGUUUAAUCGCGCUCGCCACGAAAAAGGGCUCUCCCUGACUGAGUAUUAUUCCGUCGCUGCACUACCAAUCCGGCGUCCAAAGUGGCUAAGAGCGUAAGUCCCCGUCGCGCGCUCCAGGAGUGCUCCAGC